AUGGGGGAGGGGCUCGCCCCAAGGAGCGGGAACCCGGCGAGUCCGUCGGUCAGGAGCUGGGCGGCGCUCUGCAUCAUCGCCGCUAAUAUCGAGGUCAACAAACUUGUUAAAGGACGGCCAUUGGACAACUUGAAGUUUCUGCAAUGGUUUAAAAGAUAUUGUGAUUCUGUGAAUGGUGGAAUCAUGAAUGAAAAGUACAAUCCUGUAGAAAGGAGGUCCAAGGGUUGCAAAGAGCGCAGCCACAAGGGUCACAACAAGUCAUCCAAAUCACUUCAAGCCAACAGAUUAUCUAGUGCUAACUCAGCAGAUGGAGCUUCUCCAAUCAGAAAAGUUGUUAACGAAGAGCAUUACAUGGAGCAGAUUCAACGGUUAUCUGAGAAGAUUGCAGAUCUGAAGGUUUCUGUGGACAACACUGAGAAAGAAAGAGACUUCUACUUCUCAAAGUUGCGUGACAUCGAGAUAUUAUGUCAAAGACCUGAGUUGGAGCAUCUACCGGUGACUAAAGGGAUAAGGAAGAUACUUUAUGCGGCUGAUGCAAAGGAUUCAUCAUUACCCGAGGUUAAUGAAAUAAUCACCAGGUCACCAGGCAUGUUCUCGAUGAAGCGGAGUGACAAGUGCCACGGGAAGUGCCAAAACCUUUGGUGGAGAAUUUUGUGGUUCUCCUACUAUCAAUCUGAGUAG